AUGUCAUUGCAUAGGUUUCCACUUUGUUGUAAAGUACUUCUGAGACCCACUUCUUUUGUUUCCAGUUUUCUGAAUCCAAUACGAUCAAUGUCUAAGUUAACUCCGUUCCUGGAAUCGAGGAGACCUACCGAAAGUCCUGAAUUUGAUUUCUCUACUUUAUCUAAUUACAAGUCAUUUAAUGUCAACCAUACAGCUUUGAAUUUAUCUAUAUCGUUUAAGGCCUCAGUGAUAUCUGGUAGUGUCGAAUAUCAAUUAACAACAUUAGGGGAUCGUGUAAAUGAAAUCCAUCUCGAUUCAUCUUUUCUAGAUAUUAAAAAUGUUCAAAUAAACAACGAAAAGAAUACCAGUUUUGAAGUUUGUCCAAGGGCAGAACCAUUAGGCUCUAAAUUGAUAAUUAAGAAUGAUAACACUUUACCAAAAGAUUUUCAAUUAAAGAUCGAGUUCGCCACAACUGAUAAAUGUACUGCUUUACAAUGGUUGGAUGAAAAACAGACGUCAGGGAAAAAAUACGUCUUUUCCCAGCUGGAAGCUAUUCAUGCAAGAUCAUUAUUCCCAUGUUUUGAUACUCCUUCAAUUAAGUCAAGUUUUACUGCCACAAUUGAGUCCGAAUUACCUGUUGUAUUCUCCGGUAUUGCAACAAGUUCCAAUAACGGAACUUAUUCCUUCGAGCAGAAAAUUCCUAUCCCAGCUUAUUUAAUUGGGAUUGCGUCUGGUGAUCUUGUUAGUGCAGAAAUUGGUCCAAGAUCUACUGUCUAUACUGAGCCUUAUCGUUUAGAGGAUGCAAAAUGGGAAUUCUCUGGAGACGUGGAGAAAUUCAUUGAGACAGCUGAAAACAUUAUUUUCGAUUAUGAAUGGGGAACGUAUGAUAUCUUGAUAAAUGUGAACUCUUACCCUUAUGGUGGUAUGGAAUCCCCAAAUAUGACUUUUGCAACCCCAACUUUAAUUGCAAAGGACAAAUCAAAUAUUGAUGUCAUCGCUCAUGAAUUAGCCCAUUCCUGGUCAGGUAAUUUAGUUACUAAUUGCUCUUGGAACCAUUUCUGGUUGAAUGAAGGUUGGACAGUUUAUUUGGAAAGAAGAAUUAUAGGUGCCAUUCAUGGAGAGCCAACAAGACAUUUCAGUGCCUUAAUUGGUUGGAGUGAUUUAGAAAAUUCUAUUAAUGCAAUGACAAAUCCAGAAAGAUUUUCCACUCUUGUACAAAAUCUUAAUGAUGGAACUGAUCCAGAUGUUGCAUUUUCCUCAGUUCCUUAUGAGAAGGGUUUUAAUUUAUUGUUCUAUUUGGAAAAUUUACUUGGUGGUACAGAAGAAUUUGAUCCCUUCAUUAAGCAUUACUUCAAAAAAUUCUGUCGUCAAUCCUUGGACACUUUCCAAUUCUUAGAUACAUUGUUUGAAUAUUUCCCACAACAUAGAAAAUUGCUAGAAGAUGUUGACUGGGAAAGGUGGUUAUCUAAACCCGGAAUGCCACCCAAACCUGAGUUUGACACAUCAUUAGCUGAUCAAGUUUAUCAAUUGGCUUCCAAAUGGAUGGACAAGGCAAAAGAAUGCAAUUCAUUAAAACAAUUCCAGAAAGAGUUCAAUUUAGAUGAUAUUAAUGAUUUUAAUUCUAACCAACUUGUGUUGUUCUUGGAAACUUUGGUACAAGGUGAUGAUUUCAACUGGGCAAAUUUCCCAGUGGCCUCACAGGCCAUCUUAAGUAUCUACAACUCAAAAAUGUGCGAGUCUCAAAAUGCUGAAGUUAUAUUCAAGACCUUCAAAUUUCAAAUUUGUUCUCGUUUGACGGCUUCUUAUAAGGAAUUAGCCAAAUGGUUAGGCACUGUAGGCAGAAUGAAGUUUGUUCGUCCAGGAUAUAGAUUACUUGAAUCUGUUGAUCGUCCAUUAGCCCUCAAAACCUUUGAAGAACUGAAAGACACUUACCAUCCUAUUUGUAGAACAUUAGUUAAACAAGACCUAGGUGUAUAG